AUGAACACCAGACCUCCCAUCGUCGCAUCCAAUCCUGUGAGCGAUGGCAGAUUCCUUGGGGUCAACUUCAAUCAGGAUUAUUCAUGCUUCAGCUGUUCCACGCAAACGGGCUUCAUGGUUUUUAAUGUCGAUCCGCUAGAAUGUAAACUCUCUAGGCAAUUCAGCAACGGUAAUGCAAGUGGUAUAGCAACUACUAGGAUGCUGUACCGUACCAAUUACGUUGCUCUUGUUGGAGGGGGCAGAAAGCCGCGCUACCCGCCAAACAAACUAGUCAUUUGGGAUGACCUACAGCAGCGCGAAUCCAUCACUCUUAGCUUUAUGUCCGCUGUUAAAGAAAUGUUUUUGUCGCGUGUGCACAUUGUAGUGGUCUUGGAGAACUCGAUAGAAAUAUACGAGUUCAGCGCAAGCCACAAAAGAUUAAUUUCGCCACUGGAAACCUGCGCUGGCGCAGCAGCUGAUUUCGUGGUUUGCCAGCGUACGAUGCGCCGGUUGUCAGCAACACAAGCUCAAGCCUCCUCCGGAAAUAUCCCUCAAACAAUAACAAAAGGCAUAUUGGCGUUUCCAUCGGCAAGGAAUCCUGGGCAGGUCCAGGUAGCGGAUCUAUCCCACCUUCAAUCCAGUGAGAUUGAAGAAAGAGCAGCUACUCAAUUGCCCACUUCAAUCAUCAAAGCGCAUAAAACACCUAUAAGACUUAUAAAGCUGAGCCCCAAUGGUUCUAUGGUCGCAACAUGCUCUCAACAAGGAACAAUAAUUCGCAUUUUCAGUACGCAGAAUGGCUCGCUUUUGGGAGAGUUCAGAAGAGGAUUAGAUCGCGCAGAUCUUUACGAAAUGGCAUGGAGCCCACGCAGUAAUCGUCUUGCUGUGGUGAGCGAUAAGCAAACCUUGCAUAUCUUCCAGGUCACCGACGAAGACGGGGAUAUGAAGAACAAGACUCACGUCUUGAAGGAUGUGCCAUUUUUCUGGAAGCCUAAGUACCUCGAUUCUACGUGGUCUAUGUGUUCCUUGCAUUUGCGUUCUGCGCUGAAGGGCAGAGACUCCAUGAACGACCAAGACUUUUACAACGACAGAUGCAAGCUUGGUUGGUGCCAAGAGGGAGACGAAGAUUCCCUAGUACUCAUAUGGAAGCAGAGUGGAGUGUGGGAGAAAUAUGCCAUACUGGAGAAGGAGCCCAAGACAUAUGCGGUGAACGAAACCCUGCAAACGUCUGUUACAGCGCAAAAUCAAAACAAAAAGCAUUGGGAAAUUGUGCGCGAAAGCUGGAGAAAAUUGUGA